AUGCAACACAUAUUGCACUCAAAUUCAGCCAAUGCUGAGGAGAUCCUUAACGAACUCGGACUUGGUGGAGUACCCGAACCCGAACGGGUGCACCGGGAAAUCGAGGAGAAACUCCUCCUUCCAAAGGACAAACUACCGGACCACUGGCUCCCAACGUAUCAAAUACACUGGGAACAAGAUCUGUCUAUCCCGUCGCUGCUCUCCCUCGACCCAUCGCCACCGCCGACUACCCUCGCAUUUGUCCGUACAGGCCUGCACGGGCGGGUGACCGGCUAUACAGAAGUAGCCAACCCACGCGUAAGCACCGGACUUACCUCGACCUCUCUGGACCGCGCACCGGGCCCCAGCAGCAGCUUCGUGCGGGGAAAGACGGGCUUCGUGCCGUUCUGGCCUGGCGGCCUCGACAAUAUCAAGGCCGAUGCGACUGCGGUCGACGACCUCCACGAAGAGGCGAAGGGUCUGCGGAAGGUGGCCCCGGGAUUGAGUCGCGGCUUACGGCUACCGGGCGACGAAGCCGACGAGGAUGCGCUGGACGACUUGGAUUUCGCUCAGGGCGGAGACCGAAGUGUGGUUCCACAUGCAAAUGGGGACACGCAAUUCAACGGCGGAGUACCCGGUGGGCCAUCCGAUAUUGACGAUCUGCUGCCUACAACUCGAUCUCACCUCAACGCCAUCAAACCUGCGCGGAAACCCGUUCGCCGGGCCAACAUCCAGAAGCGGGAAUGGGCGCACGAAGUGGAUAUCAACAAGCCCAUGACAAAUUUCCACGAACUGGUCCCGGAGAUGGCGCACAAGUACCCGUUCGAGCUUGAUACGUUCCAGAAGGAGGCGGUGUACCAUUUGGAAAUGGGCGACUCCGUCUUUGUCGCCGCGCAUACAUCGGCGGGGAAGACGGUCGUGGCCGAGUACGCCAUCGCGCUGGCCGCGAAACAUAUGACCCGUGCCAUAUACACAUCGCCCAUCAAGGCGUUGUCCAACCAAAAAUACCGCGACUUCAAGCAGACGUUCUCUUCGUCCUCCGUGGGCAUCCUCACGGGGGACGUCCAGAUUAACCCGGAGGCGAACUGUCUGAUCAUGACGACGGAGAUCCUGCGAAGCAUGCUGUACAAGGGCGCAGACCUGAUCCGUGACGUCGAGUUUGUGAUAUUCGACGAGGUGCACUAUGUGAACGACGCUGAGCGCGGCGUUGUCUGGGAAGAAGUCAUCAUCAUGUUGCCGGAUCAUGUCAACAUCAUCUUGCUGUCAGCCACCGUCCCGAACGCGAGGGAAUUCGCAGACUGGGUUGGUCGGACCAAGAAGAAAGACAUCUAUGUCAUCUCGACCGCUAAACGGCCCGUACCCCUCGAACACUAUGUAUAUGCUGGACGAGAGAUGUACAAGAUCGUGGACGCCGAGCGACGUUUCUUGACCCAGGGCUACAAGGAUGCGGGAGAGGCUCUACGGCGGAAACAGGACAAAGAGCGCGAAGCAGCUGGCUUGCCACCCGUCCAGCGACUCGGCGCCCGUGCGGCGGCGCCACAGCGAGGCCAGCGCGGUGCCGCAGGUGGGCGCGGAGGCCAGCGAGGCGGUCCUGCACGAGCAGCAGCUCCGGUUGCCCGCGGAGGUUCACCCCGGACGUUCCAUCAACCGGACAAGAACCUCUACGUCCACCUUCUCGGCCAUCUGCGCAAGAAAGCGCUGUUGCCCGUGGUCGUCUUCACGCUGUCGAAAAAGCGAUGCGAAGAGAACGCGGCCACGCUCACGAACGCGGACCUGUGUUCGGCGGUGGAGAAGAGCGAGAUCCAUGUCGCACUUGAGAAGGCGUUCUCACGGCUGAAAGGCAGUGACAAACAACUCCCACAAAUUCGUAGGAUGCGCGCGCUUCUCUCUCGCGGCAUUGGCGUGCACCACGGUGGAUUACUGCCUAUAGUCAAAGAGGUCGUGGAGAUUCUCUUCGCGCGAGGCUUAGUCAAAAUUCUCUUCGCUACGGAGACUUUUGCUAUGGGAGUGAACAUGCCGGCUAAAUCCGUGGUCUUCUCUGGUAUCCGAAAACACGACGGCCGUAGCUUCAGAGAAAUUCUGCCGGGUGAAUAUACUCAAAUGGCAGGUCGGGCAGGCCGUCGUGGAUUGGAUCCCACCGGCACGGUGAUCAUCGUUGUUAGUGACGAACUUCCGGAGCAAGGGGUGUUGAACACCAUGAUAUUGGGAACGCCGACCAAGCUGCAGUCGCAGUUCCGACUGACGUAUAACAUGAUUCUCAACCUGUUGCGCGUGGAGGCCCUACGAGUGGAGGAGAUGAUCAAGCGUAGUUUCUCCGAGAACAGGACUCAGAAGCUCCUUCCCGAUCAACAGAAGAAGGUCAUUGAGCACGAGAAAGCUCUCUCGACCCUUCAAAAGCUGUCCUGUGACGUUUGUUCACCUGACAUCGAGCGGUACUAUGACGCUUCGUACGACAUCGUGGAACUCAAUCGUGACCUCGUCUCCAUGGCUGUUCAAAACACUCAAGGAUCAAAGCUCUUCACGACAGGCAGAGUAGUGGUUCUGCGGGACGGACACUUCCAAUGGAAGAUCGCAGUCAUUCUCAAAGGUAGCAGAACAGUCGAGAACGUCAGGAUGUACUAUGUACUAGCAAUGGUCGACCCAGACACCAAGAGACGCACUCAUGAUGCUGACGAACAAAGCCUUGUACCACAAUGGCCUCCGGAACCGGCACAGCUCCUGGUCAACGAGGCUAUCUACGAGUUCCGAGAGGUGCCGGUCACCAGCAUCGUGAUGGUUACCGGGAACAUGAUCAAGGCGCUGUCCGGUGUCUUGGAGCAGUGGUUGCAAUCAGAUGACAUUCCAGAGGUCGACUGGAGUCGCAUGCGGUCCCUCGAGUUCCAAGAGACACUGCGAACAAGAAACGAACGCGCGAAACGUCUGGUCGCUGCCCAGUGCACGUCUUGUCCAGAAUUUGAUGACCAUUACUUGCAAAUCCAUGCAGAGAAAGUCUUGCGUGCCAACAUCGCCGACCUCAGGCGCGCACUAUCUGACCAAAACCUAGAGCUGAUUCCGGAUUACGAGCAACGCAUCGCGGUCCUGCAGGAGCUCAAGUUCAUUGACGAAAACUCCACCGUCCUGCUCAAAGGCAGAGUGGCAUGCGAGAUCAACUCCGCGAACGAGCUCGUCCUCACAGAGCUCAUCCUCGAGAACACGCUAGCGCCGUUCGAGCCCGAGGAGGUGGUUGCCCUGCUCUCAUGCUUCGUCUUCCAGGAGAAGACGGAGGUUGAGCCGGUCAUCCCACCCAAGCUCGAGGAGGGCCGAGACGCCAUAAUCGCCAUCGCAGAGCGGAUUGGGCGAAUACAGGACCGCCAUAAGGUCCCAGGCGAAGAGUUCCGGCAGCUCAAGUUCGGCUUGAUGGAGGUCGUGUAUGAGUGGGCGAAGGGCAUGCCGUUCGAACAGAUCACCGAGCUUACGGAUGUCCCUGAGGGCACAAUCGUCCGCACAUGCCGCGAGGUCAGGGAUGCUGCUCGUGUCAUCGGCGACGCAGAGCUGUUCAAGAAGAUGGAGGAGUCACAGAUUAAGAUCAAAAGAGACAUCGUAUUCGCCGCAAGCUUGUAUUUCUAG